GACGAACAGCGAUGCAAUGAAACACACAAAAUAAAGUUUGCCGCCGCCCACCUAGCGACAUUAAACAACACGGCAUUACAACCCGACAACAUGCAGUCAUGGCCAACAACAAUCGAAACCACGUCUCGAAUGCCAUCGACAGCCUGAUCACGCAUUUGGUGCCCAUCAACCCGAACGACGACGAGCAGACAGCGCAGGAAAGGCACAAUGAAUCCUUCGAGCUCGUUCGUGACAUCAUUGAACAGCACGAGGUUUUUCCUGCUGUCUCGUCCGACGUCAACCAUGCCUCGGACCUGAUCAAACGCAAGCUGAUCCAGAGCAACCCCAGCCAGGCCCUGAGGUUCUCCAACCUUUACACAAGGCUGCUGUCAUUACCAGUUCUAACCCAGAAAUGGGCGAUACUGUUCUUGCUCUACCAGCUUUCCGAUUCUCCAGACCCCAACGAACCCCUCCCCUUGAGCCCGCCAAAACCUCUCGCGCAACGACCGCCCCCGCGAGCCGUUGAAAAGGAGAGGCGCCCAAGGGCAGCCAGCGCUGUUCCAACUCCGGAAGAAGGAUCUGUGAGCGAUGCAUUCGCGCCGGGCGGCUUGAAGAAGCUGCCGACAGAGAGACCCAAGCGCACCCAGACUGAGGAGACACCACCAACACCACCACCCCCGGCCGACAGCCAACCAAAGAAGGCUGCAAGGGAUGUCUCGAUAAAGUCCACCCUGCUAGCCGACAAUUCAAACGAGUUUGAGCCGACAGAAAUGGGCUUGUUAAGAGACUUGCCCUAUACACUGCAAGGGCUGUCGUCCACUACUCUCCCCUUCGCCAAGGAAACCGUUUUACAGCUACCCACUACACUCCCCGCGCCGAUAAUAUCUCUUCUACAUACUCUAGCCGAGCCCUCAUUACUGUACCGGGGACUAGUAUCCUUCGUCAAGUCUCCGGCGAAGGGGCUGCUUGGCCAGAGCUUGCGAGCCGCCAUCAACAAUGAGCUCCGAUCGUACCUCACUCUUGUUGCGACCCUCGAAGCACAGAUACGAAGGGCCCUCUCGGCAGUUGACGAGUCUGCUCCCCGUGGGGGGAUUGGAAAGGCCGGCGUCACUCUCAAGCGCUGUGUCGUGUGGACUCGGGAAGCGACCAUGGGCUUGCGAUUGAUGUCACUGAUCGCGGAGGAGAGCAAAACCAAGCACGGUGGGCAAAUCAUCACCAUGAUACAUGGGUUCUCUACCUCCCAUGGCGAUCCCGUCGUAGCAGCGUUUGCGGAGCGCCUUCUAGCCGAUGUAACACGGCCAUUCUACGAUAUCCUCCGGCGCUGGGUCUAUGAUGGAGAGCUACUAGACCCGCACCUGGAGUUUUUUGUCAGGGAGCAGAGCCCCAACGACGAGGACCGCAAGGAGUCCAAGGCUAAGGGCCAGGCUAGUGUCUGGAACUCCAAGUACGAAGUCGUCGAUCGCAUGGUCCCCAGUAUCACGACAGCGGAUUUCGCCCAAAAGGUCUUUCUAAUCGGAAAGUCGCUCAACUUCAUCCGCCACAGCUGCGGUGAUAGUCAGUGGGUCGACGCCUACAGCAAGACGUCGUCCAAGCCACUCAGCUACGGCGACACCGCGACGCUGGAAACCUGGAUCGACGAAGCAUACAAGACCACUAUGCGGCGGUUGAUGCACCUCAUGAGCACCCGCUUCCGCCUCUUUGACCACUUACAGGCGCUCAAGAACUAUAUUCUUCUCGGCCAGGGCGACUUUAUUGCCCUCCUCAUGGAAUCCCUCGCGGCCAACCUCGACCGGCCGGCGUUUGCACAGUACCGCCACACCCUGACGGCCCAGCUGGAACACGCCAUCCGCGGCUCCAACGCACAGUACGACAGCGAGGAAGUCCUCAGGCGGCUCGAUGCCCGCAUGCUCCAGCUCAGCCACGGCGACAUCGGCUGGGACUGUUUCACACUCGAGUACAAGAUCGACGCCCCUGUUGACGUGGUCGUCACCGAAUGGGGCAAUCGCCAAUACCUCAAAGUGUUCAACUUCCUCUGGCGCGUGAAGCGUGUCGAGUUCGCUCUGUCGUCGACCUGGCGCAAGUGCAUGACCGGCUCACGCGGCGUCCUCCAGACCUCGGACGAAGAAGUCCUCCUGAUCUGGAAGAGCACCCGCGGCGUGCUAGCCGAGAUGGUGCAUUUCGUCGGCCAGCUGCAGUACUACAUCCUCUUCGAAGUGAUCGAGUCCAGCUGGACGGAGCUGCAAACCAACAUCCGCAAGGAAGACUGCACGCUCGACGACCUCAUCAACGCCCACACCAAAUACCUCACCGCCAUCACCCACAAGGGCCUCCUCGGCGCCCGCCGCAGGCAAUACCACGACUCCCUCAAGGAAGCCGCCGCCCAGCAGGGCCCAGACGCCACCACCGCCAGCGCCGCCGCCUCCGAAGACCGCAACUCCUACAUGGUACAGCUAAGCGAGCUCCUGCGCACGAUGCUCGCCUACCGCGACUGCGUCGACGGGCUGUACAGCUGGUCGCUGUCGGACUUCACCCGCCGGCAGGAGGCCGACGCCGUCAACAUGCUGCACCUGCACCGCAACAAGAAGCCCAAGCUGUCGGGCCCCGCCGCCGACCUACCCCGCGACGACUCGUUCAACAACACGGACGGCGAUACCGGAGAAAUCCCGGGCGGCGACGACGACGACGACGACAGCCUUAGGUCGGAGCUGCCGGCCCUGCAGGACCGCCUGCGCCAGCUCGGCGCCAGCUUCAAGGCGCGCUUGCAGAUCCUGCUGGGCGACUUGGCCUACCAGCCGGAUGUGGAUAUGCGCUUCUUGGGCGUGUCGAUGAACUUCAAUGAUGUUUAUCAACCGGUCAAGCGGAAGAGGGGCACGGCGGGGAGCGCUGGCGGGGGUGCUGCUGCGGCGGCGGCGGCGGCUGCUGCUGUUCAGGCCCAGGCCCAGGCCCAGGCCCAUGCCUAGGUUCGGGGAGGGGGAGUGAAUACCGCGAGGGCGUAGAGCUCGGGGUGUGGUGGGGGAGGAUGUUUGUGUGUUAUGUGUGGAGUUAUAUUUGCCAAUCGGCCGGGAGAUGCAUGGCUGUGAGUGAAUGAUGAGGAUGAAUAUUAUCGUGUUAACUGAUGGCGUUCUCGGGAUCUGGUCGGAUGGCGGGCGAUAAAGCAGGUCAGUUGACUUUAUACACUACCUAGGUACCAGGGGCUUUUGGCGGCAUAGCAUAUCUAUCACAGGUUGGACGGGAGAAAAUGCAUGAAAUCCCACAA